AUGAUGAUUCAUCGUGCAGACCCAUUUUGCGUUGAUAAAGCCGGAAAGACGCCAUUCGAUCUUGCAUGUGAAUUCGGAAAGGAGAAGAUGGUCGAGUAUAUGUUGUUGAUGGUCGACAACCCAGCUCUGCUUCAACAUGCUGGUGAAGCUCACAAAGCAUCGGCUCUUCAUCUCGCAGCUCGAAACGGACACACUCAUAUCGUAAGUCGCUUAUUGGAAAACGGAUGGGACGUGAAUCGAACGACCGUACUUGGCACGGCACUUCAUGAGGCAUCUGGUUAUGGGAGAGCACAAGUUGUGCGUUUCCUCCUUCAUGCAGGAAUCAAUUCAUCGCUAACGAAUGCAUCUGGUCUAACAGCACUCGAAUACGCGAAAAAGAAUGCACAUCGCAAUCCAAUCACCAUUAAAGAGAUACGAUUCUUACUGAAAGAUUCCAACGGUUCUUAUACAUCGAUUUCCAAGCCUGACGUAGUGGAGACCAGCUCCUCGCCAAGAUUCGGAGCUGCGAAUCCACUUUGA